CGCCGGUACCAGGGUCCCGGCUCGGGGUCCGGGCUGGGGAGGGGAACCUGGGCGCCUGGGACCCGCCGAUGCCCCCUGCCCCGCCCGGAGGUGAAAGCGGGUGUGAGGAGCGCGGCGCGGCAGGUCAUAUUGAACAUUCCAGAUACCUAUCAUUACUCGAUGCUGUUGAUAACAGCAAGAUGGCUUUGAACUCAGGGUCACCACCAGCUAUUGGACCUUACUAUGAAAACCAUGGAUACCAACCGGAAAACCCCUAUCCCGCACAGCCCACUGUGGCCCCCACUGUCUACGAGGUGCAUCCGGCUCAGUACUACCCGUCCCCCGUGCCCCAGUACGCCCCGAGGGUCCUGACGCAGGCUUCCAACCCCGUCGUCCGCACGCAGCCCAAAUCCCCAUCUGGCACAGUGUGCACCUCAAAGACUAAGAAAGCACUGUGCAUCACCUUGACCCUGGGGACCUUCCUCGUGGGAGCUGCGCUGGCCGCUGGCCUACUCUGGAAGUUCAUGGGCAGCAAGUGCUCCGACUCUGGGAUAGAGUGCGACUCCUCAGGUACCUGCAUCAGCCCCUCUAACUGGUGUGAUGGUGUGUCACACUGCCCCAGCGGGGAGGACGAGAAUCGGUGUGUUCGCCUCUACGGACCAAACUUCAUCCUUCAGGUGUACUCAUCUCAGAGGAAGUCCUGGCACCCUGUGUGCCAAGACGACUGGAACGAGAACUACGGGCGGGCAGCCUGCAGGGACAUGGGCUAUAAGAAUAAUUUUUACUCUAGCCAAGGAAUAGUGGAUGACAGCGGAUCCACCAGCUUUAUGAAACUGAACACAAGUGCCGGCAAUGUCGAUAUCUAUAAAAAACUGUACCACAGUGAUGCCUGUUCUUCAAAAGCAGUGGUUUCUUUACGCUGUAUAGCCUGUGGGGUCAACUUGAACUCAAGCCGCCAGAGCAGGAUCGUGGGCGGCGUGAGCGCGCUCCCGGGGGCCUGGCCCUGGCAGGUCAGCCUGCACGUCCAGAACGUCCACGUGUGCGGAGGCUCCAUCAUCACCCCCGAGUGGAUCGUGACAGCCGCCCACUGCGUGGAAAAACCUCUUAACAAUCCAUGGCAUUGGACGGCAUUUGCGGGGAUUUUGAGACAAUCUUUCAUGUUCUAUGAAGCCGGAUACCAAGUAGAAAAAGUGAUUUCUCAUCCAAAUUAUGACUCCAAGACCAAGAAUAACGACAUUGCGCUGAUGAAGCUGCAGAAGCCUCUGACUUUCAGCGACUUAGUGAAACCAGUGUGUCUGCCCAACCCAGGCAUGAUGCUGGAGCCAGAACAGCUCUGCUGGAUUUCCGGGUGGGGGGCCACCGAGGAGAAAGGGAAGACCUCAGAAGUGCUGAACGCUGCCAGGGUACUUCUCAUUGAGACGCAGAAAUGCAACAGCAGAUAUGUCUAUGACAACCUGAUCACACCAGCCAUGAUCUGUGCCGGCUUCCUGCAGGGGAACGUCGAUUCUUGCCAGGGUGACAGUGGAGGGCCUCUGGUCACUUUGAAGAACAAUGUCUGGUGGCUGAUCGGGGAUACAAGCUGGGGUUCUGGCUGUGCCAAAGCUUACAGACCAGGAGUGUACGGGAAUGUGACGGUAUUCACGGACUGGAUUUAUCGACAAAUGAGGGUAACUAUCCUGUCCUCCUUCUGACUGUGUUCUCCGAUUCCUCGAGCCAAAGCCAGACAUCUGUUAGGUGUGGUUCUGCUGCUGGAAGCUGACUGGUGACCACUGGUCAUCAUGAAGCAAACCCUGCUUCCUCCAGCCACAGCCCCAUCCCCCCAGUGUCCACCCAUUGCCCAUUGCCUCUCACUGGCUUCACUUGCAUAUUUCCCCUGGUGUUUGGAUGAAAAGCACUGGGGCUCAGCUUGUUUGAAAUUCCUUGGUGCUCUGCCGACCACACUUUGUUCUGGCUCAGCUGACUCAGCUGUUCCACCGAGGCCACCUCAAGUCAAACUUUUUCUUUUUUUUUUUUUUGAGAUGGAGUCUCACUCUGUCGCCCAGGCUGGAGUGCAGUGGCACGAUCUCGACUCACUGCAACCUUUGCCUCCUGGGUUCAAGUGAUUCUCCUGCCUCAGCCUCCCAAGUAGCUGGGAUUACAGGCAUGCGCCACCACGCCCAGCUACUUUUUGUAUUUUUAGUAGAGAUGGGGUUUCUCCAUGUUGGCCAGGCUGGUCUCGAAGCCCUGACCUCAGGUGAUCCACCCACCUCAGCCUCCCAAAGUGCUGGGAUUACAAGUGUGAACCACGGUGCCCGGCCUCACAUGAAACUUUUGAUUUAUAGAGAGCAGAGGGAAGAGCCGGCUGUGCCCAUCCUUUUCUGGGGCCAUCGAGUGGCCCAUGGGCAGCCCCCAAGGUUAGGAAGGGCAGGAGCAGCCAGGGUUCUCUGAUGCCCCAGAUUCAAGCACGAGGGAAGGUCUCAGGGGUUCCCUGUGAGCCUCAUGGACGUCUCUGCUUAGCAGAGCCCUGGCUUUGGGCAUUGUCCAGAUAGGGGGUGAGAACCAGAUCUUCUCAUCUCCAGGACCUCAGACGUAUAGUUUUCUCAGAUUUCUGUGCUUUCUGGGGCUCGCUACUAGUGGAAGAAAGCAGUCUAUUCUGUCUUCUCCCAAAUCUCCCAGAUGCCCAGUAUGUUGAAGGAGGAGCAGAACCAGGGGGCCUUUCCCGCUAAGGCCCAACCUGUGUCUCCUUCAAAUGACACGCGGGACUCAGGGCCUUCCCAUGCCAUGGGGCCCAGCUGGGCGUCACCUGGCCCAGGGCCCAGUGCUGGAAACAGAUGACCCCAGGAGGAGGAGGCAGGGCAGGAGGGAAGCUGGCAGGGCUGGGACGGUCAGCCAGGCUGAGGGGCGGACUCGCACCAGGAUGGAGCUAGCAAAUGAUCCAGGUGUGUUUGGCGGCUGCAGGUGGGUCCGCGUGGCUGUGCAGGGAGGGAAGGGCUGUGUGGCAGGAGAGCAGACGGGGGAGGCCCAGACUCUGCUGAAGAGAUGCCCGUCGUGCCGGCCUCCACAUCCGCUGCCCGCUCCUUCUGGAGCUCCUGCCCCGCCAUGCUCAGCCUGACUCUGACCAACACGUUGGAGAGAAGAAUGAUCCCUUUGUGCUAUUAAGCUUGCUUAUUUGGUUUCUAAGUGCUUCAUGCGAACCUAGAGGAAAAAAUUAUUUUCCACCUUUGUCUUAAGAAAAUAACACACUUUUUUUUUUCCUAUUUGAACAGGCAGACGGCUAAUCCACAUGGUCUUUGUCCUUGAUGUCGUUUUACAAGAAAACAAAGGGGCUGGUUUUGCUUCCCCGUGCAUGAUUUACUCUUAGAGAUGAUUCAGAGGUCACUUCAUUUUUAUUAAACAGUGAACUUGUCUGGCUUUGGCACUCUCUGCCAUUCUGUGCAGGCUGCAGUGGCUCCCCUGCCCAGCCUGCUCUCCCUAACCCCUUGUCCGCAAGGGGUGAUGGCCGGCUGGUUGUGGGCACUGGCAGUCAAGUGUGGAGGAGAGGGGUGGAGGCUGCCCCAUUGAGAUCUUCCUUCUGAGUCCUUUCCAGGGGCCAAUUUUGGGUGAGCAUGGAGCUGUCACCUCUCAGCUGCUGGAUGACUUGAGAUGAAAAAGGAGAGACAUGGAAAGGGAGACAGCCAGAUGGCACCUGAAGCGGCUGCCCUCUGGGUCCACUUGGUAGUGUCCCCAGCCUACCUCUCCACAAGGGGUUUUUGCUGAUGGGUUCUUAGAGCCUUAGCAGCCCUGGAUGGUGGCCAGAAAUAAAGGGACCAGCCCUUCAUGGGUGGUGACGUGGUAGUCACUUGUAAGGGGAACAGAAACAUUUUUGUUCUUAUGGGGUGAGAAUGUAGACAGUGCCCUUGGUGCGAGGGAAGCAAUUGAAAAGGAACUUGCCCUGAGCACUCCUGGUACAGGUCUCCACCUGCACAUUGGGUGGGGCUCCUGGGAGGGAGACUCAGCCUUCCUCCUCAUCCUCCCUGACCCUGCUCCUAGCACCCUGGAGAGUGCACAUGCCCCUUGGUCCUGGCAGGGCGCCAAGUCUGGCACCAUGUUGGCCUCUUCAGGCCUGCUAGUCACUGGAAAUUGAGGUCCAUGGGGGAAAUCAAGGAUGCUCAGUUUAAGGUACACUGUUUCCAUGUUAUGUUUCUACACAUUGCUACCUCAGUGCUCCUGGAAACUUAGCUUUUGAUGUCUCCAAGUAGUCCACCUUCAUUUAACUCUUUGAAACUGUAUCAUCUUUGCCAAGUAAGAGUGGUGGCCUAUUUGAGCUACUUUGACAAAAUGACUGGCUCCUGACUUAACGUUCUAUAAAUGAAUGUGCUGAAGCAAAGUGCCCAUGGUGGCGACGAAGAAGGGAAAGAUGUGUUUUGUUUUGGACUCUCUGUGGUCCCUUCCAAUGCUGUGGGUUUCCAACCAGGGGAAGGGUCCUUUUGCAUUGCCAAGUGCCAUAACCAUGAGCACUACUCUAACAUGGUUCUGCCUCCUGGCCAAGCAGGCUGGUUUGCAAGAAUGAAAUGAAUGAUUCUACAGCUAGGACUUAACCUUGAAAUGGAAAGUCAUGCAGUCCCAUGUGCAGGAUCCGUCUGUGCACAUGCCUCUGUAGAGAGCAGCAUUCCCAGGGACCUUGGAAACAGUUGGCACUGUAAGGUGCCUGCUCCCCAAGACACAUCCUAAAAGGUGUUGUAAUGGUGAAAACGUCUUCCUUCUUUAUUGCCCCUUUUUAUUUAUGUGAACAAGUGUUUGUCUUUUUUUGUAUCUUUUUUAAACUGUAAAGUUCAAUUGUGAAAAUGAAUAUCAUGCAAUAAAUUAUGCAAUUUUUUUUUUCAAAGUAAUUACUGCAUCUUUGAAGUUCUGCCUGGUGAGUAGGACCAGCCUCCAUUUCCUUAUAAGGGGGUGAUGUUGAGGCUGCUGGUCAGAGGACCAAAGGUGAGGCAAGGCCAGACUUGGUGCUCCUGUGGUUGGUGCCUUCAGUUCCUGCAGCCUGUCCUGUUGGAGAGGUCCCUCAAAUGACUCCUUAUUAUUAUUCUAUUAGUCUGUUUCCAUGCUCCUAAUAAAGACAUACCCAAGACUG